AUGACAGUGGCUGCGGCAAAAAGAACAACAAGCGCUGCGAAUAGAUCGAAAAAACGACGAGGUGGUGGAGUUUCAAAUACAGCCAAUUCGUAUGAAGACCAUCAACAAGCUACUAAUUCAUCGAAUAUGGCAAAUACACAGGCGACCAAAUCAACUCGGGCAAGGUAAAGAUUUGGGAAUAUUUUUGGUUGAUGUCAUUGACUAUCAAGGGAAUAGAAUGAACUUUGCAAUAAUCAUGGAUUUCAACAAAAACUCUCAACCAGAAACACUUUUAUUAGAGCUCGAGUACAAAAAAACUGCAAGUAAAAAAUAUUUUCUUAAUAUAAAAAUUAUGAUGGACAUUAUUGAAAUAUACAAAAAAGCUAGAUUGAAUGGGCUCUACGGGUGAGUUCGGAAUGGUUGUAGGAUUCACCGUUCCUCGUGUCCAGUGAUGACUUGGCAGAAGUGUGUGGUGAAUUUGCGCCUUCUAAAAUCUACCGUAUUUGACUGAGUUGAGAAUAGUCCGUGAUCAACUUACAUUGAAUCUCUCGAUUCCGAUGAUUCCAUUCUGCUGGCGAAUAGUGGUUAGGUCAUAGUAGAGAACUGAAGAAGACUACCGAUUCGGCGUCUUAAAUAGUCGCUUAGGCGACGUCAUCAAUUUCUAGGCCACGUUUUAUGUUUUCACGUCAUAGAGACAUUUUUUUCCAAUUUCAUUUCUCGAAAAAAAAAUAAAAUUUUGUGGGGUUUGCUGAAUAAAAAACACUACCAAAGUGAGCAAAUUUAUAGUAUCAAAAAGAUUCUGAAGUUCAAUGACGUCAUUAAUAGAAAAAAACAUAUUUUUGAUUAUCCUUUUUUCCAAUUUCCCGUUUCCCAUUCCUCAAUAAUUUUUUUUAUAUUAUUUCAGAAGAACCGCUGUAAAAGAUGUUUCAAAUCACAAAAUCACGGAAUUUUUCCAAGUUCGACGAAGUAACCGAAAAACGAGUAAACAAAUCGAGGAAGAGGAAAAAGAUGCGCUACGGGAUGCAUUGGCAACGGGUUGCAAUGAGAAAAUGUUGGAAAUCUAUACGGAUCCAAUAAAAGGCCGUGGUAUUCGAGCUGGCCGAAUUUUCAACAAAGGCGAUUUUGUUGUCGAAUAUAAAGGUGAUAUGAUGGAUUAUUCAGUGGCAAAACAAUUGGAAGAAGAAUAUUCAAAUGAUGAAAAAAUCGGGUCAUAUAUGUAUUUCUUCACAUGGAAUAAUAAAAAAUGGUGUAUAGAUGCGACAAAAGAAUCGAAAUAUAAGGGAAGACUUAUAAAUCAUUCUGUACUUCGGCCGAAUCUUAAAACAAAAGUUGUUGAAUUUGAUGGAAGUCAUCAUUUGAUUCUUGUCGCAAAACGAACAAUUGAAGAAGGCGAAGAACUUUUGUAUGAUUAUGGAGAUCGAACAGCAGCUACUAUUGCUAAAAAUCCAUGGCUUGUUAAUACGUAAUCGGAUUUUUUCUUGAUAAUUUCUUUUGGAUACUUUAAAAUUCAUUUAUCUCAUGGAAAAUCUUUCAUACCUAAAUAUGUUUCCAAUCUCAUCUCCCCUCUUUUUUGGCCCUUUUUCCUGGCCAUUUUAAUAUCUUAUCUGCUCACAUUUUUCUCAUGAUAGGAACAAAUUACUUCUGUAGCAAUAUUCCUACUUCAAGCAAAUUUUGAACAAAAAUUAUUCAUUCCUUUAUAUUUAUUCUCCAAGAAAAUCCAAAAAACCCAAAAAAAAAAGUUUUGUAAAAUCACUGUAACAUUUCAUUUUCUUCUAUUUUCUUUCUUUGUUUUUUUCUUAUUUAUGACUGGUUUUCAUGUAAAAUACAUACUCUUCACACAUUUUGUGACUUCAAAAAAUAAAUUUUCAUAUUUCUUAUCUCGUCAACCGUUUUUAUUUCUGCAAGAGAAUGGCUUUCCGUGAAUGUUUUGAGGCUUUUUGAAUGAGGGAUAACUGGGGGAAAAUUUCAGGAAAUUUAUGACAAACCCGAUUUUGAAUGUUGUUGUUGUCAGUUUUCAUCACAAAAGAGGGUGUGAGGUAAGAAAAUUGGGAAAUUUUGAACAAAACCAGUCGAAAUCGUUGCGAGACCCAUCGCCAGAAAAAUUAAUGUUCCUUUAAAAAUUUUAAGAAACGUUUAUUUUUUAAACGAAGGGUCUCAAAGCGAUUUUGAUAUUCGCCACGAUUUUUUAUUACUUACAACAAAAAUUAGUCUUUUCUUUUAUUUCCAAAGUUUUCACCAAUUUUUAUUAUUUCAGAUUUCGUAACAAUUUUCUGUUGAAUUUUUUUUAUUUUUUCAAAACUAUUGGAAUUUUGCACUGAAACAGCCUGAAUGCUCAGAAAUCUUUGAAAACUAUCGGUUUUCAGCUCUUUUAUAAAAAAAAAUUAUGAACUGGAAAAAUUCUUGGCUGAAAAUUCCGAAAAUUGUUAGUUUCACAAGAACCGAAAAAUUCGAUGUUAAAAAUGAAAAUGAAAUUUAAAGUCACGUGGAAAUUUCACGUUUUUUAUUUAAAAAAAAACAUCGAAAAAUCUCAUUUCUCAAUAUUUUUCAGGUUGAAUAUUCGCACCCUCCUUUAAAUGGACCAGGUGAAAAUGGAUUACCAGAUGAAUGGCAUUUACUUCCAUCUCUUGCUUUACCCGAUGGUGUUCAUAAUUGUCAGAAAGGUACUUUAAAAAAAGCCCUGAAAUCCUCUCAAAAGUCUUCUAAAACAAUAUAUAUUUCAGACACAAUAUUUUUCAUGCUUCCCUCAAUAAAUGAAAAAGAUAAAUGCGUAUUUGGCCUAUCUUGUUAUCGUCAAAUCGAUGCAAAUGAACUACUUCAUCGACCUGAUGACGUCACAAGAACAAGUGUGCAAAAAAGUGUUGUUGUUAUAACUCGAAUUCCACUUUUUGGAGCAUUGAAGGCGAAAUUGGAAGUCAUCACACAGGCGUAUUUUGAACAACGGGAUUUUGCGAAGGUAUAUCUGGAAAAACGAUGAAAAUUUGAGCGCUCGAAAAUUAAUUUUAAUUUCAGGUCGAGGUACUUGCUCAAAUGUACACAAAUUUAUGCGAUAUUUUUGAUGAAAAUCUAACCGGCGAAUAUUUUGCCAGUUUAGCUCUACAUGGUAAGGAUUGAUGAUUUUUAGGCUGAAAUUAAAAUUUUAAAAACAUUUCAGAAAUUUCGGUUCAGGACUUGUUUAUUCGAUUUCGCCAUCGUGCAUUACUACUUUUCAAAUUGUUUUUGCUAGAAAGAAAGGUUGGUUUUUUGGGGAAUUAAAUUGGGGGAAAUUAAUUUUUUACAGAAAGUUUAGAUUUGAAAAAAAAUAUUCCAGAUUUUAUUCAUUGCUCCAUCUGCAAAUCGAAUAGGAGAAACUAUGUUAGCUGCGAUUUCAUUGUUUCCUAGUUAGUUUUUUUUCAAUUUUUCAUUUUCAAAAUCCGUUUCAAUAUAUUUUUCUAGAAGUUUUGGAAGAGGGAUUGUAUUAUUCAAAUAUUGGAUUAUUUUCGAAUCAAGAGCCAAAAAUCCAACAAAACCCCAAACCGAAAAGCAAUCCUGAUGAAAUAGUUAUCGAAGAAGAUAUUGGUGUGGAAUUAGCUCGAAAUGAUCCGAUGCCUAAAGAUUCCUUCGGAUUUCCAUUAAGUCUUUUCGGCCAGGGUUCAUAUUUCGAUCCAUAUUUAUCAAUUCAAUUUAUGGAUUCAAUUUUGAAAGUGAAAAGUUGUUCAGUUGGUGCAACAAAUGCAUUAUUUUCAAUGAAAAAAGAGAUGUUUGAUGUGAUUGUGAAAAUUGAAGAUGAUGGAAAUAUUGUGCAUAAUCAUGUUGAUUUUGUGAAUGAGGAAUUGGAGAAGAUCUGUGUUCUAACUACGGCUGAUUUACGAUUUGCUGAUUUUGUUUUGAAAAAAGUUGAGGAACAAAUGAAAUCUAGUACUGCUGAAUUUGAUGGAAGUGAUGAAUGGGUUCGAAUUCAAAUUCGAAAUUAUCUUCUAAGUAUUUUAUCAACUUCGAAAUCCGAUUUGCAAUCUGCAAUUCCUCAUUUUGGAGUGGCAUUUAUCAAUUUAUGGAGGAAAACUAAGAAUUAUCGAAUUUGGAUGGCAAAAACACACUCGGAUAUAGUUUCAGUUCCACCAGGACAUAUGUUUUCUGAACAACAAGGAGUUUAUGAUGUUUAUUUGAAAUUGGAACAUGCUGUGAAUGGUGUUGAAGGAGCGUCGAAAGUUUUUGGAAGUGUGAAUACGGCUGGGAAGAAUAUUGGAAAUAGUAUAGGUUAGAUUUUAUCAUAGGGGUUUUUGGAAAGAAAAAAGUUCUGUAAUUUUUUUCAGUCAAAAAGAUACAAUUUUCAGUUCUAAAAAAAUAGGCUGAAAUUUCACACUGAAAAUCUCAAAAAUUUUUCAAAAUAAGUUAUUUUAGGAGUUUGAGAGCAAAAUUUCAACUCGAUUUUUGAAAAAAAAAUUUUAAUUGUAAGUAAAUUUUUGGACUAAAAUUUUUUUCAUAAAUUUCAAAUUUUCAGCGAAAAAAGUUUCUGCGCUGAAAUUUCGCCCUAAAAAUGUAUCUGAAAAUUUUUGAAAUUUGCCAUUUUUAAGAUUUCCAGUGCAGAAUUUCAGUCUUGAAACUUAUUUUUUGAAUUUAAGCUCUCUUCGACCGUGAAAUUUUCAGUGGAAAAAAGUUCUUGGCUGAAAAUUUCGAAAUACUCUUCAAAAAUAAGCAAUUUUACGAGUUUUGGAGACUAAAAAUUAUUCUUAAAUGUAUUUUUCAGCAAAAAAUUCCGCCUGAAAUUUUGUUUUGCUAGAUUCAGCUUUAAAUUUUUGUCUUGAACUUUCUUUCACAAAACGGCCAAAUUUCAUGUUUUCCUAAUUGUCACGUCUUAGCAAAUUAAAACUCCUAAAAAUUCAGGUGAAACUGGAAGCCGAGUAAAAGCGAAAUUCUCAAAUUGGUGGAAAGGAAGACAACAACAACAACAACAAACAUCUUCUUCUUCGAAUUCAGUAACUGAAGAAGGAAUUGAAGCUAUUGAAGAAGAUCGAAAAUAA